AUGCGCUGCUGGGACGUGCGAGGCUUGUCACUAGCCUCGCGAGUGCUCCAGGCCAAUCAGCGCUGUCCCCCCUCUGAUUGGCUGGCGGACGCGGAGACAACGAAAGGCGCACACACGCGCUGGAUGUCAGCACCUCGAAGGCGGACACUGACAACAACUUGCCUGGAGAGCGCGCUCGCGACGACUGCCUACAAAGCCCUUGUGUACUCACUUCCUCAGGCAGUAAAAGGUGUCCAACUCAAACUGUCUUCCCUGACUUUUGAUUGGGAAUCUUUGUCUCGUCGACCACACCACUUUCGACAACUGGUGACUCGCUUGCGAACAUCAAUCUUCUUUCUUCCUAAUCUACGACAAAGUCGGGCGUUAAUCAUGAACAAUUUUCCACCGAAAGUUCAGCAUAUUUUGGCACCUGCCUUCGGCAUUCUUUCGGCCACACAUAUUACACAGAUGGCCGAUCGGCUUAUGGAGAUGCACGGUUUUUCCAUGCCGUUACUUUCAGCACUCUCAACUCCCUCAAAUCCUCCUGCGUCUCCCAUUUCGACGUUCGAAAUCGGGCUCGGCAAGCUGGCCGAUGAUAUAGCUUCUCCCCAGAAGCGGACAGUUUCCCCCUCAUUUCGGAGCCAACCAAAGCUGUCCACAACGCAUGUCCAGUCUUCACAUUCAGCCCGUUCAAACCCCGCUGUCAUCUGUUGGUAUCACACCACCUUUGGUGUUAAAGUCCGUCGAUGCAUGUCUCCCUGCUGCUUCACCUCCAAGCAGAGCAAACGGGUAAAGCCGGUCAGCCCGAAGGUCAGUGCAGCCAAUCUUCCCGACAGCUCUAACCCUGGUCGCAUAUUUUACGUCCGCGACACCCGGAGUGGCAGGCGUUUCUCCGUUGACAAUGGUGCCCAGCUUAGCGUCACUCUACCCACACCAGCCGAUCGUCGGUGCCCCAAUCCCGGUCUUUUCCUACAGGCCGUCAACACCUCGACAAUGGUCACCUGUGGCACCUGCUCCCUCUCUCUGGACAUCGGUCUCCGACGUCUUUUCCCUUGA